AUGUCGAUCCACGGUCACCAUAUUUCUUUCGAAGGAGAAGGGGAUAGGGUGGCUCUCAUUCUGAUGAAGCUGCCGCCGAAGAACCAAGGUAUCGUUCUUCGGCUGAGUCAGACGGCAACGCUGGGAGGCCUGAGACGCUCACCAAGUCUAGCAGGACCUCAAAGGGGAAAGCACCUGCGCAACGAGCGGGACAGAAAGGAAAGAUUGAUGCCGGGGCUGCGACAAUACUGUACUCAAGCGUGCCUCUUGGGUUUGGUACAUCGAACAGGUUUGGAUGAGAAGUGUCCAAACGUGGAACUUCAUCGGCAAUGUGCACAGAACCGACAGCAUCCGAUCGACAAGCGCACGUUUCGACAGCUGCUCCGGCGUCAGCUCGGAGAGGACUUGGAUCAUGUUUGUGAGGUAGUGGGAAAGCAAUGGGCGAGGGGGGCCCCUUUUCACGUCCACUUGCGCAGGUUCGGGUACACGUUAGUCGGUAAAGGGACGGUCCAAGCGUUUGUGGAAGAUCUCCGUCAUGAAGGGCGAUUGUAUGGGCGAUUGCAGAGUCUUCAAGAAUCCGUCAUUCCCGUCCAUCUAGGAAACAUUACCCUCCCAAAGAUGUACUAUCUGGAUGUUAGGGUUCGGAUCCAGCAUAUGAUGAUGAAGGCUUGGGUCGGUGAAGAGAUGAUGGCCGAUGGGGAAGACAUGCGUUGUCGAAUCAACGAGCAGGUACAAUCCGCAACGGGAAAACCAUCUGCGCUUGGAGCCACGCAUAACGACAUCCGCGGACCAAACAUUCUCUCGAGCCAGAAGUGGAGCGUGCAGUGUUGA